CCUCCGCUGGGAUCCGGUGGCGGCAGGUACGACCCCCCGAAUGAGGCGGCGGAGUCUCCAGAGUUUCCUCGCAGCCUAUUCCAGCUUUCGAAGAACGCUGGAGUCAUGUCUGAACUAGUUCCAGGAGAAAUGGCCACAGAGGAAGGUCAACCCCUACUGGGUUCCAAGGAGGAGAAGGAGAAUUGGCAGCAACCCACUGAGCACCAUCCUAUCACAGACAACUAUCUAAGGUAAAUGUUUCCAUUGCCUUAUGGAGAGAAAGGAGUUUGAAGCAUGGCUUGAUAACCUUUCUGUCACGUUUCUCUCUCUGGUGGACUUGCAGAAAAAUGAGGCGCUGGACCACCUGAUCGCCCUGAGUGGGGCCGCCCAGCUCAAGCACCUCUCCAACAACCUCGAGGCGCUUCUCAAGCGGGACUUCCUCAAACUGCUCCCGCUGGAGCUGAGCUUCUAUUUGCUCAAAUGGCUCGACCCUCAGACCUUACUCACCUGCUGCCUCGUCUCUAAGCAAUGGAACAAGGUCAUCAGUGCCUGCCUGGAGGUGUGGCAGGUGGCCUGUCGGAACCUGGGUUGGCAGAUCGAUGACUCUGUUCAGGAGGCCCUGCACUGGAAAAAGGUCUACCUGAAGGCCAACCUGAGGAUGAAGCAGCUGGAGAGCCACGAGGCCUUUGAAACCUCCUCCUUGAUUGGGCACAGUGCCAGGGUGUACGCACUUUACUAUAAAGAUGGACUCCUUUGUACAGGUUCAGACGACUUGUCGGCCAAGCUGUGGGAUGUGAGCACGGGGCAGUGCGUCUACGGCAUCCAGACCCACACGUGUGCAGCGGUCAAGUUUGAUGAGCAGAAGCUGGUCACCGGCUCGUUCGAUAACACAGUAGCCUGCUGGGAAUGGAGCUCGGGAGCCAAGACCCAGCAUUUCCGAGGCCACACCGGGGCAGUUUUCAGCGUGGAUUACAACGACGAGCUGGAUAUCCUGGUGAGCGGCUCAGCGGAUUUCACGGUGAAAGUCUGGGCCUUAUCGACCAGCGUCUGCCUCAACACGCUGACCGGGCACACGGAGUGGGUCACAAAGGUGGUCUUACAAGAGAGCAAAGUCAAAUCCCUCAUGCACAGCCCUGGCGACUACAUCCUCUUAAGCGCGGAUAAAUACGAAAUCAAGAUCUGGCCCAUUGGAAGAGAGAUCAACUGCAGAUGUUUGAAAACCUUGACAGUUUCUGAAGACCGGAGCAUCUCUUUGCAGCCUCGGCUACACUUCGAUGGGAAAUACAUUGUGUGCAGCUCGGCCAUCGGGCUGUACCAGUGGGACUUCGCCAGCUACGAUAUCCUCAGGGUUAUCAAACCACCUGAAUUUGCAAACCUGUCCUUGCUGGGCUUCGGUGACAUUUUCGCCCUCCUGUUUGAUAAUCACUACCUGUACAUCAUGGACCUGAGGACAGAAAAAUUGAUCAGCCGUUGGCCACUGCCAGAAUACCGGAAGUCGAAGAGAGGUUCGAGCUUCUUGGCGGGAGAAAUGUCUUGGCUGGAUGGCUUGGACGGUCAAAACGAUAUGGGCUUGGUGUUUGCCACAAGCAUGCCUGACCACAGCAUCCACCUGGUCUUGUGGAAGGAACAUGGCUGAACUCAGCCAACGGACUCGGGGGUGUGGCUUUAUAUAUAUAUAUAUAUAAAUAUAUAUAAAUAUAUAUAAUAAAAAAUAAAAAUAAAAAGAGAACAGAGACUGCCUGCAACGAAUCCAAAGGACAAUGCUUUGCAUGAACCAAAGUUAAGACGAGGUUUCAUCCUGCAACGCAAAAUCUUUUUUUUUUAACCAUUUUUUUCCCAAUGCUAUUUUGGAGAGGAGAGAGAAGCCUAUUCAAUUUCUUUCUUUUUCUCAGAGUGAAGGUAUCCCAGCAUCUUGACAGGUUCCAACAUUGGAGAUCUCUCUCACUCUCUCUCUGUGUCUCUGUGUGUGGGGGUGUCUUUCUCUCUCUCUCUCUCUCUUUCUCUCUCAUACACACAUAUAUUUGUGUUCAAAUAUAUCCAUUUGAGUAUAUUUGGUUUUGGGGUUUCUUAGGGGUUGGCAGGGAAAAAAACCCAAUGCAUUUGAAAUUUGAAAUGCAUUU